AUGCUAGUGCCGUAGAGUAUCAAAUCCUUGGUGAACCCAAUUCCAUCUGGAUCUGGUUCCUUCCCUUCCUGUCCUGAUUCGAUCUGAUCUGACCUCCUACAACCAUUCCAAACCUCCCACUCUCUGUUUCUCUCUGCUCAGUGUUCGUACUUUCCUUGGAGAUGCCAUCGGACGAGCGUGACGCUGUUUUCUCUCUCGAAUCGCCUGAGCUGGAGGAAGACGGCAGCGCCGGCGCCGGCGUCGGAGGAGGCGGAGGAGAGACUGAUUCCGACGAAGAAGAAGCUGCUAUGCCUGCCGAGACAAACGUCCCCGACGAAGAAGACGACGAUCACGAAUACGAAGAUCCGAACUCUCCGUUGGUCUCCGCCACCGUGACCGUCGCUCUCCCCGCCGGAUCCGCCGUACCAGUCGCCGCCAUCCCCGUCGAUUCCGACCCCAAAUGGCACCGUACGACGACGGAGAUCGUCCGUCCGAGACCACCACCGCCGAUGAUCGACGACUCGAGGCGUCUUUUCCAGAGGCUGUGGACCGACGAGGACGAGAUAGAGCUCCUCCGCGGGUUCCUCGUACAUCCUCCCGACACGGCGCCGUUUUACGAGCAGAUAAAGUCGAGGCUUCAGCUCGAGUUCAACAAGAACCAGCUCGUGGAGAAGCUCAGGAGGCUGAAGAAGAAGUAUCGUAACGUGAUGAGCAAGUUCAGCUCCGGUAAAGAGGUCGUCUUCAAAAGCCCUCACGAUCAGACCACUUUCGAUAUCUCUAGGAAGAUUUGGAACCAGUCCGGGAAGAUCAUUGGGUUCGAAGAUAACAGUGCGAUGGAGUUCGAGGAAACUAACAACGUUAAUGGUAAUGCGGCAAGUGUGGAGAUUGAUUCUGAGAACGUGAAAGUGAGUAGGAAACGAUCACGGUCGAGGAUAGGGAAGAUAGAUGAAGACAGACCUGUUUCUGUUUCUGAUGGGCCAGUAAUGCCAAAUGUUAACAACCUCAACGAGAAUGUGUCUUCUGCCUUUGGUGAGUUGAGUGAUGGAAGGAAUCUAGGAGGGUUGAUAGAGGAGACGGUGAAGAGUUGUGUAUCGCCCUUGAUCAAAGAGAUGAUGAAUGGUACAACGGGGAUGAUGAUGGCUGCGGUCGGAGGAUACCCAGGAGGAGGUGGUGGUGGUGCUCAUGCUAUGGGUGUGUUAAGCCCAAUGCUGAUGCCGUCGGUGAAUCCUCUAGGGUUUGGUGGAGGUAAUGGAGGAGGAGGAGUAGGGGACGAACGGUGGAGGAGACAGCAGAUUCUUGAGUUGGAAGUGUACUCGAGGAGAUUAGAGCUGGUUCAAGAGCAGAUUAGAGCCACAGUUAAUGAGUUAAAGACAAUGCCUAGUGGAGGAUGAUGAUGGCAUAAGGAAGACUGUAGUGAGGGUUCUUGUAAGGUCUAAGUUAUUAAGCAAGAUGAAGAAGUGUUGUGAUAUGGUGGUGAGGUAUAGUUAGCAAACUAUAAAACUAAUAAUCUGAGUGCUAAAUUUCUGAUGUUGAUGAAAUCUUUCUAGUUUAUUUUUUUCUUGAUUGGAAUCUUUUUAGUUUUGUCCAUUAGGGGGUGAGUGGUAGUAGUGGGGGUUGUGUAUAGCCUUUGUAUUAGCCUAUUAGAUUAUAGUUUUUGGUUCUCACUACUUCAACAAAAACAAGAACUUCUUAUAUAAAAUAAGCAAAUAAUUUAUGUGCGA